AUGGACAUCCACAUCCUCCCGCUGUCCAGACCGGACAUUCCCGCCGCCGUAGAAUGCAUCCAGACCGUCUUCGCCGACGACCCUUUCUUCCGCUACAUGUUCGACCAGUCCACUUACAAUCCCGCCCGCAACGCCGCCUCCCUCUCCGCCCACUUCCUGCACGGCCUCAGCAUCAACGCCCCCAUCUAUGUCGCCAAAACAACCCUAACUCCAACCGACAAAGCCCCCAGUAUAGUCGGAAUCUGCUGGUGGCUCCCGCCAUCUUCAUCCUCAUCCUCACCCUCACCCUUCACCGCCGCCCAAGACUGGCUCCUCUCGUUCCGCCAACUCCUCGCCAACAUCCGCUACGCCGGCCGCGGCGGACUACGCUUAAAUCGAUAUCGCCAGUGGAAGGCGCUGCAGAAGACCACGCACGACAAGGUAUGGCGCGAUCCGCGCGGGUACUACUUUUGCAAUGUGAUCGCGGUGCGGGCUGAGAUGCGCGGGAAGGGCGUUGGGCGGCGGCUGGUGGAGGUUGUGACGGAGCGAGCGGAUGAAGAGGGGAUGCCCUGUUAUCUGGAGAGUUCGAAGGGGAUGCCGAAUUUGAGGAUCUAUGAGAAGUUGGGGUUUGAGAUGGCAAGGGAGAUUGAGUGUGUUGAUGGGAAGGACGUUUGUACGGUGAGUUUCCUCUUCCUCUUCCUCUUCCUCUUCCUCUUCCUCUUCUAUACAGCUGGUAGAAUAAUUGCUGCGUGA